AUGGGUGGCAGCCGGCAGUUUUUAGUGAUGCUCUUCGCGGCUUGCCUGCAUCUCUACAACUGCAGCUGGUUUAAGCGUCGCUGUGAUUAUGAAUUGGUUGGGCCUCUCUAUGUUUGGAAUCUUGGUGCAUCCUCUCAGUCUAGCAUCUUCCGUGCUGCUACAUUUGCUCGGAUUUAUGGUGCGGGUGGUUGGUCACCAGAUCCUCAAGACAAGCAUCCGUGGCUCCAGAUUGAUCUGACAAGGAAAGCACAUAUAAAAACCAUUGCUACUCAGGGGACCUUCAAUACCUACAAUUGGGUGACACGCUACAUUGUCCUCUAUGGUGAUCAUCCCAGCAAUUGGAAACCUUAUUUCCAACAGGGGAGCAAUUGGACAUUUUUUGGCAAUGUAAAUUCUAGUGGUGUGGUCAGCCAUGACCUACAUUACCCCAUUUUGGCUCGCUAUCUCCGGAUCAUUCCUGUGGCUUGGAACCCACAGGGCACUAUUGGCUUACGAGUAGGCCUUUAUGGAUGCUACUAUGAUUCUGAAAUCUUAUAUUUUGAUGGGGAUGAUGCCAUUUCUUACCAGUUUCGCAGCAAAAAAGUUCGUUCCACUGAAGACAUCAUUGGGUUCAACUUCAAAACAAUGGAACGUGAGGGCAUCCUAAUGUAUGCAGCAGGAUCUCAGGGAGAUUACAUCAGUGUGGAACUGCAGCAAGCCCAGCUGGUUCUGAGCAUAAGUCUUGGUAACAGCUCAUUAAACAUGAGUGGAGGCGAGACAACCAUGAAGCUGGGGAGUCUCUUGGAUGACCAACAUUGGCACCAAUUUCGCCUUGAUCGCUAUAGAAAAUAUAUCAACUUCAGCUUGGAUGGGGAGGUUCUGCAAUUCCGGCUUAAUGGGGAAUUUGAGCAGCUUGACUUAGAUACAGAGAUUUUCUUUGGAGGAGUUAGAAACUAUGAAAAACAGCGUCUUGUUUAUAGGCCAAACUUCCGUGGCUGUAUGGAAAACAUUGCCUACAACCUGGUUUAUAUUACUAAAUUAGUAAGACGUCGGCAUCCCUCCAUCCGGGUUGAGGGUCAUGUGGGCUAUUUCUGUCGGGACAACCUCUUGUUCCCCUUUACCUUUGCUGGGGUCAACAACUUCUUGCAGGUGGCUGCAUAUCCUCGGCGCACUAUGCUGGCAGUCAGCUUCAGUUUCCGCACAUGGGAUGUUGUAGGGCUGCUUAUGUACACAUCCUUUGCUGAUGACCUAGGAUGGCUUGAGAUGGUCCUGAGUGAUGGACAAGUCAAUGUCACAAUUGCUCAGCCGAAAACCAAAACCAAAACCAAGAAGCUGGAAUUUGCAGCAGGAUAUCGUCUUAAUGAUGGUUUUUGGCACUCAGUGUCCUUGAUAGUACGAGAAUCCUCAGCUGUUAUCACUAUUGAUGAUCAGAAUGAUGCCAGCUUCCGUGUUGACCGAGACAUCCAGUUGCGUACUGGUAAACAGUACUUUUUCGGAGGGUGCCCCAAGCCAGCACUACGAACUGGCUGCCUGUCCAAUCAGACAGCUUUUCAUGGCUGCAUGCAAAUGGUCAGCGUGGAUCGUCAGCCGAUAGAGUUAGACAUGGUUCGUCAGCAUCGGCUUGGCAAGUACUUUGAGGUGUACUUCAACGUGUGUGGCAUCACAGACAGGUGUACCCCCAACAUGUGUGAACAUGGCAGUCGAUGCAUCCAAUCCUGGGAUGACUUCACUUGUAUCUGUGACUUGACGGGUUAUAUGGGGGAGACCUGCCAUACUCCCGUUUACAAGGAAAGCUGUGAAGCUUAUCGAAUCAGGGGGAAAAUGUCUGGGAACUACACCAUUGAUCCAGAUGGCAGCGGACCCCUCAAACCUUUUACUGUUUAUUGUGAUAUGAGAGAAGACCGUGCAUGGACCAUUGUUCGUCACAAUCGUCACUGGCUCACAAAAGUAGCAGGUUACAGCCCAGAACGGCCUUUCCUGGGCACAGUUGACUACUGGAAUGCAUCAUGGGGGGAAGUAUCAGCCCUGGCAAAUGCCUCUGAAUACUGUGAGCAGCAAAUUGAAUUCCACUGUUACUUCUCUCGCUUACUCAAUAGCCAGACUGGGAUGCCACUAAGUUUCUGGAUGGGACGAAAUGAAGAACGUCAUUAUUAUUGGGGAGGCUCUCCUCCAGGCCUAGGGCGUUGUGCGUGUGGCAUGGAGAAGAGCUGUGCCAAUCCCCUUUUCUAUUGCAAUUGUGAUGCUGAACACUUGAUGUGGCGAGCAGAUAAAGGGCUGCUGAAUUUUGUAGACCAUCUUCCAGUCACGCAGGUUGUAGUCAGCGAUACAAACCGCACUGGAUCAGAGGCUCAGUUCUAUGUGGGUCCACUGCGUUGCUAUGGAGACCGCAACUCCUGGAAUACAGUGUCCUUCAUCAGGGGAACAGCUUUGCUUUUUCCUACCUUCAAGGUCAAUUACAGUCUUGAUAUCAGUUUCUUCUUCAAGACUGCUGCACCAACAGGCACUUUUCUAGAGAAUGUGGGCCCAAGGAACUAUAUCCGCAUGGAGCUCAACACUUCCCAAGACUUGGUCUUUGCUUAUAACAUUGGAAAUGGGGAUGAGAAUUUAACAGUGCAUUCAGAGAUGCCCUUCAAUGAUAAUGAGUGGCAUGAAGUGAAAGCAGAGAUCAACGUCAAAGUUGCUCGGCUACAAGUUGACCGGUUUCCUUGGGUGAUCCGAGCAGCUCCGCCCCAGAGUUUUAUCCAUCUGAACCUCACUAAACCACUCUAUGUAGGAUCUGCUGAAUACAACUUGCAUCCAUUCUUGGGGUGCUUGCGAGGUUUGCACAUGAAUGGGGUGACCCUAAACUUGGAGGGGAAAGCCAAUGAAACAGAAGGGGUUCUGGUAAACUGCACUGGGCAUUGUCGAAACCCCUUGGUACCAUGCCAGAAUCAUGGCAUCUGCUGGGAGCACUACAGCCACUACACGUGCAACUGCACAGUCUCUGCAUUUGAAGGACCUUUCUGCAAUCAUGACAUUGGUGCCUACUUUGAACAAGGCAUGUGGGUGCGCUACAAUAUCCUAACAACACCCUUGUAUGUGGUACAAGAAUUUGCCAACAUACUCCAUCAACCACUUCAGCCGCUCCCUGGCUACAAUGUGACAGGGGAGGAAGUGGGACUCAACUUCCGUACCAGUUCAGCCCCUGCAGUCCUUCUUUAUGUGAGCACCUUUGUCCGUGACUUCAUGGCCAUUUUGAUCCGUGAGGAUGGUACCCUACAGCUACGUUAUCAACUGGGGAUCUUCCCUUUCAGUUUGACCUUGAGCACACGCUCAGUGGCUGAUGGGCAGCCACAUAGAAUCAAUAUUACUCGUGUCAAUAGGACUUUGUACACACAGUUGGAUUAUUAUCCUCUCAUGGUAAAUCAAUUCUCUGUCUUUGUGGACAGCAAACUUGAUUCUCCCAAAGCGCUCUAUCUUGGCCGUUUUAUGGAGACAGGAGUGAUUGAUCCUGAAAUCCAGAAAUACAAUACGCCAGGUUUCACAGGUUGCAUCUCAGGGGUGAAAUUCAACAGCAUUGUGCCCCUGAAAACCAUAUUUCGCUCUAGUGGCAGCAAUCCCAUCACCCCUUACACCAUCAAUGGAAAGCUGGUAGAAUCCAACUGUGCCUCUAUGCCUUCCACCUACAUUAAAGUGCCUCCUGAGCUUGACCCAUGGUACAUAGAUCCAGUGGACUUCUUGUACAUCCAUGAUGAUGGCUGGGUUGCAGUCAUUAUUGGAGUUAUCUUUUUUCUGCUUCUGCUUUUGGCGGCAGCCCUUCUCUUGAUGUACCUUCACCAUCACCGUUACAAGGGCUCCUACCACACCAAUGAACCAAAGGCCAUCCAAGAUUACAACAGUGGUGGAAGUAGUAGUGGUGGGGGGAGUGCCAGGGGCAGCGGCAGUGCUGAACCUGCCACUCUCCCCACAGCUAAGCCAGUUGCCUCUCGGAAGGAUCAAAACUUGCCACAGAUCCUGGAAGAGUCCAAAACAGAAUAG